AUGUCAACACAGCCAGAACAACUCUCCCCCUUCCCACCCCUACCCAAGAGCGGCAUAGCCUUCCCCGACUCCCCCGUCAUCACCGCCGCCUUUUUGUAUAUAAAGCAGCACACCCACGCGGCGACGUACAACCAUUGUGUGCGUAGCGCGUAUUGGGCUCUCAUUCUUGCGCAGAGGCUGCCUAGGUACACCGAAACCCAGACCAACACCAACACCACCGACACCUCCUCCGCGUCGCGGCUCCCGAACCUGGAGACUGUGGUCCUAGCCUGCGUCCUGCACGACAUGGGCUGGGCCACGACCGAGGGCCUGAGGUCGAAGGACAGGCGCUUCGAGGUCGACGGGGCGAACUUGGCGCGUGGGUUUUUGCGGCGCUGGGCGGAGGACCGUGAAAGCGAGGGCGAGAGUGAGAGUGAGAGUGCGUGGGACGCGCACCGCGCGCAGCUUGUUUGGGACAUCAUCGCGCUGCACUCCACGCCGAGCAUCGCGCUGCACGCAGCGCCCGAAGUCUCGCUCGCGGCUCUAGGCAUCAUGGCGGAUUUCGCGGGCCCGGCGUUCCCGGCUGAUCCGAACAACAACCACGACAAUAAUCCGUCAGCGUCUGGGGACCGAAAUCGGAAUCACCAGAACAAAAACGGAACUGGAGAGGAGCAGGAGCUGGGACAAGUGAUCACCGUAGAGGAAUACAAGGAGGUCGUGCGCCUGUUCCCCCUCGCGGGCUUCGGGCGCGAGUUCUCGAAGGAGAUCAUAUGUGGCCUCUGUCGCGACAAGCCGGCUACUACCUACGAUAACUUCCAGGCGGGCUUUGGGCUGCAUUUCGGGCUUGAUGGGCUGGGUGGGGGCAGGGAGGAGUAUCGGAGGGGGUGGGAGAAGGCGAUGAGUCCUGAGGGCGUCUUGGGGGGUUUUGAGUUUCUGGAGGAGUUGGUUGGGGACGUUUAG